GACAGUCACAGUGAGGUAUCAGACCUCGACCCAGCCCCUGGCCCUGAGAGACCUGUAGGACCCAUGAUGGAGGGGGACAACGCACCUGUCUACUGUGUCUGUCGCAGACCUGACAUCAACUGCUUCAUGAUUGGUUGCGACUGCUGUAACGAGUGGUUUCACGGUGACUGCAUCGGCAUAUCGGAGAAGGCAGCUAAAGUCAUCCGGGUGUGGUACUGUGAGAAAUGUCGCGCCAAAGACGGGACCCUGGAGAUAAAGUAUCGUCCCAAGAAGACCAAGGAGAAGACGGAGAAGGAGACAGGAGACCAGGAGAAGACGGACACUCCAGACCUGAAUAUAGAACACCGCCAAGGUUCACGGGUGAAGCGUUCAGCCCGUAUGUGUGGAGAGUGUGAGCCGUGCAGGAGGACUGAGGACUGUGCUCAGUGUGAUUUCUGUAAAGACAUGAAGAAGUUUGGAGGACCCAAUAAGAUCAGACAGAAGUGCAGACUCAGGCAGUGUGACGUCCGAGCUCGGAAAAUGCUUCGUGUAAAGGAUGAGGAGUUUGCCCUGUCUGUUCGGGGGGCCAGAGGGAGUCUGAGAAGAGGAGGGCCUCUGUUUGAUGACUACAGUGAGAAUGAGAUGGAGCUCUACCAGCAAUACAAGGCUGCAGGCUACGAGGAUAACACUAUGCUAUGGCAUAGUGAUGAUGAGGAAGCGGCCUUUGACCCCGUGCAGAGGAAGAGGGCUGUGAAGGUCAAGCACGUCAAGAGACGAGAGAAGAGAUGGGACAAGAAGGACAAGAAAGAGAAAGAGGUGCGUCGCCACAAGCAGAAGCAGAAGCAUCGUGAGCGAGUGAAGCACAGUGAGAGGGGUGGCGGGGGCGGUGGUGAGGCUCGGGGGGACGGUGGUGGAGGAGGAGGAGGGGGGAUGAGACAGUGUUUGGGACCAGGGUGUGUGGAGGUUGCCAGGGCCGGCUCCAAAUACUGCUCAGAGGACUGCGGCAUGAAACUGGCUACCAAUCGUAUCUAUGAGAUCUUGCCUCAGCGGAUACAGCAGUGGCAGCAGUCUCCCUGUAUAGCCGAGGAGCAAGGCAAGAAGCUUCUGGAGCGAAUCAGGAGAGAUCAGCAGUCAGCCCGCCUGAGACUCACGGACAUGGAGAAACGCUUCCACGAGCUGGAGGGGAUCAUCGCCAAGGCCAAGCAACAGGUGGUGCAACAGGACGAAGAGGUGAAUGAGGCAGAAGGGGACACAGAUACAGACCUGCAGAUAUUCUGUGUGUCCUGCAGUCACCCCGUCAACCCCAAGGUGGCGCUAAGACACAUGGAGAGAUGCUAUGCCAAGUACGAGAGCCAGACGUCUUUCGGCUCCAUGUAUCCCACACGCAUCGAAGG